UCAGCUCUUCCCAAUCAGUCUGUCCUCAUAAAUCGCUAUUGUCACUGGCAGAACAUGCAACAGCCACCAAAAUGUCAGGAGAGAUGGACAAGCCGCUGAUCAGCCGUCGCCUGGUGGACAGUGAUGGCAGCCUUGCCGAGGCCGCCAGCGAGGCCCCCAAAGUGGGCAUCCUGGGCACUGGGGACUUUGCCCGCUCCCUGGCCACACGCCUGGUGGGCUCUGGCUUCAGCGUGGUGGUGGGAAGCCGCAACCCCAAACGCACGGCUGGGCUGUUCCCCUCAGCAGCACAAGUGACUUUCCAGGCGGAGGCGGUAGGCUCCCCCGAGGUCAUCUUUGUGGCCGUGUUCCGGGAGCACUACUCCUCGCUGUGCGGCCUCAGCGGCCAGCUGGCCGGCAAGAUCCUGGUGGAUGUGAGCAACCCCACAGAGCAGGAGCACCUUCAGCGCCGGGAGUCCAAUGCCGAGUACCUGGCCUCCCUCUUCCCCGCCUGCACCGUGGUCAAGGCCUUCAAUGUCAUCUCCGCCUGGACCCUGCAGGCUGGCCCAAGGGAUGGGAACAGGCAGGUGCCCAUUUGUAGUGACCAGCCAGAAGCCAAGCGCGUCGUCUCAGAGCUGGCACACGCCAUGGGCUUCAUGCCCGUGGACAUGGGGUCCCUGGCCUCGGCCCGGGAGGUGGAGGCCCUGCCUCUGCACCUCCUCCCCAGCUGGAAGGUGCCAACCAUCCUGGCCCUGGGGCUCUUCCUCUUCUUCUACACCUACAACUGCAUCCGGGACGUGCUGCAGCCCUACGUGCAGGAGGGCAAGAGCAAGUUCUACAAGCUCCCGCUGUCCGUGGUCAACACGACGCUGCCCUGCGUGGCCUACGUGCUGCUGUCGCUGGUCUACCUGCCUGGCAUGCUGGCAGCCGCCCUGCAGCUGUGGCGUGGCACCAAGUACCGCCGCUUCCCCGACUGGCUGGACCACUGGCUGCAGCACCGCAAGCAGAUCGGCCUGCUCAGCUUCUUCUGCGCCGCGCUGCACGCCGUCUACAGCGUCUGCCUGCCCGUGCGCAUCUCCUACCGCUACGACCUGGUCAACCUGGCCGUCAAGCAGGUCUUGACCAACAAGAGUCACCUCUGGGUUGAGGAAAAUGUCUGGCGGAUGGAAAUAUACCUCUCCCUGGGAGUGCUGGCCCUUGGCACGCUGUCCCUACUGGCUGUCACCUCUCUGCCAUCCAUCGCAAACUCGCUCAACUGGAGGGAGUUCAGCUUUGUUCAGUCCACGCUGGGCUUUGUGGCCCUGGUGCUGAGCACCCUGCACACGCUCACCUACGGCUGGACCCGCGCCUUCGAGGAAAGCCGCUACAAGUUCUACCUGCCUCCCACCUUCACACUCACGCUGCUGGUGCCCUGCGUCGUCAUCCUGGCCAAAGCCCUGUUCCUGCUGCCCUGCUUAGGCCGCAGACUCUCCAAGAUCCGGAGGGGCUGGGAGAAGGACAGCGCCGUCAAGUUCACGCUGCCCAUGGACCACGCCCUGGCCCAGAAGACCAGCCACGUGUGAGGAGCUUGCACCUGGCUCGGGAACCAGGCCGGCAGGACAGUGCCCCGAGGCUGUCGGGGCUUUUAUUCUUGGUCGUGCAGUGUGGUGUAAUUGUGCACAAAUUGGUGGUUUGAGGUCCGAAUUCCUGGGAUGCGUAUGUAUUCGAUAAUAUUCAGAAUGACACACACAUGUGUGUGAUAUAUAGAUUCAUAUAUAUUUCAUAUAUAUAACAGGAUUUGCAUUAUACUUACUUAGCUAAAAUGUUCAGUCCCUGAGAUUUAACUUGUAGAUUUAAAAGCGAGUGCCAGGGGUUAGGGGAAGAGCAGCUCACACUGGCAUAUGCUGAGAUACAUACACACUUUCUGCACAGAAAA